AUGCACCCCGCGGAGCAGCGUAGACCCGGCGCGAUCGAGCUCGACCGGCUGGUGUCGGACAACAUGCUGCGCACCAUCCGGAGCCUGUGCUACGAGAAGGGCGCCCCGUCGCCGUUCCUGGUGGACGACAUCCUGCAGCGCGCCGCGCGGCCGGAGCCCGAGCCGGACGAGGUGGAGGCCGGCGAGCGCGCGGACGAGGAGGAGGGCUGCGGCUGCGGCGGCGCGUGCCCCCCGUCCGGCUGCCGCACGCGCGCUGACCGCCGCUACCUCAGCACGGACGAGCUGGUGCGCGCCUGCGACGCCGACCAGAAGAAGCCGCUGCUGAAGUUCAGCGUCAGCGCCAUCCUGGGCGAGGAAGGUCGUCAAACAACAAAAAAUCGGUUUAGCGAGUACCGCGACGCCGCCGCCGCCGCCGCGCCCUGGCCCAUCGCCAAGCCCGUCGCCAGCCGCCCGCUGCCGCACCUCCACCUGCAGCACCUCCUGCAGCACUGCCACCACCCCUACCUAGUGCGGCCGGCGGCGGCGCACACGACGGUGUUCCCGCUGCCGGGCGGGUUCCCGUGGGCGCACAGCUCGCGGGGCAAGCCGCGGCGCGGCAUGAUGCGGCGCGCGGUGUUCUCCGACUUGCAGCGCAAGGGGCUGGAGAAGCGCUUCCAGGUGCAGAAGUACAUCUCCAAGCCCGACCGGAAGAAGCUCGCCGAGAAGCUCGGCCUCAAGGACAGCCAGGUCAAAAUUUGGUUUCAAAACCGUCGGAUGAAGUGGCGGAACUCGAAGGAGCGCGAGCUGCUGGCGUCGGGCGGGUCGCGCGAGCAGACGCUGCCCAACAAGAACAACCCGCACCCCGACCUCUCCGACGCCGAGCUCGACAAGCCCAAGCCCUCCCCGCCGUCGCCGCGCUCCCCGCGCUCGCCCCACUCGCCCCACUCGCCCGCCGGCGACGACGACCUGCGCGCCCGCAUGUUCGCCUCCACGUCCGCCGACUACCGCUACGACGAGAGGGCCGCGCUGUUCGCCCGCGACUUCCCCGCGCCCGACGACGACGCCGACUUCGACAGCGACGCCAGCGCCUCCGACGAGGAGAUCAACGUCACAUGACGUGCUUCGGCCCCCCUCGCCGACAGUGAAUCUUCCGUUCGAUCCUACUUCACCCGACUGUAA